AACUUUUACAUUCUUUUACAGAUCAUGUUGAUGGAGUUUCCAGAUGCAUCUUCAUUCAUCACCUGCUUAGGCAUCCUUUGUUGAAUUAACACUUCUUUGAAUUGACGUGCGGCCCCAGUCGACCCUCAUUUUUAUUUCCUCUCAGAAUACCAUCAGUCAUGUCGGAACUGAAGUCGUCUCCUUGUCCUCCUCUGUUCAGUCAUGACGGAGCCAUGAGACAGAGGAGGAUCUGCCUGGCGAGGUAAACAAUGGAAUUCCACGUGAGCCGGAAACUGCCAGCAAUGGAGGAACAACUUCCCCUUUACUUUUGGACCAAGCAGGCUCAGCAGUACCAGGCACAGCAGCUGCAGGCUCACCAGAUUCAGCAACAGCAGCAGCUGCAGGUUGAACAAGUACAGCAGGUGCAGCAACAACAACAGCAGCAGCAGCAGGUUCAAGUCCAGCCAGCACAGCAGAUCCAACAGAUCCAUCAUCCCAUCGAGCCGGGCAGCGAUGGGAAGCUGACGUGUCUGGAGUGCGGGAAGGCCUUUGCCAAACGCAGCAGCCUCGAGUACCACAAGAAAACGCACACGGGGGAAAAGCCCUUUCGUUGUAACAUCUGCGGGAAGGCCUUCGCCAAUAACCGGAACCUCGUUGUACACACUCGAAUCCACACCGGCGAGAGGCCGUUCGUUUGUGCAGAAUGCGGCAAAGCUUUUACACAGAGGAGUAUGUUGACUGUCCAUUUAAGGAUCCACACAGGCGAGAGGCCGUACCUUUGCAGCGAGUGCGGGAAAUCCUUCUAUCAGAGUGACCACCUCACAAAGCAUCGCCGUAUCCACACAGGAGAAAAGCCUUAUUCCUUGCCAGAACUGCGGGAAGUCGUUUCGCGACAGCAGUGCCCUCAGGCAGCAUGUGAAGAGGCAUCAGGAGGUGGGGCCUUAUAAGUGUAAUUAUUGCGGGGAAAUCUACGGGAAGAAAGUAUACUACGACCUCCACAUGAUGCAGCACAAGGGCAUCAAACCUGAGGAGUGUGAUUUAUGUGGGAAGAAGUUCCCCACAAAGGGCCUUUUG